AUGUUCCCCGUUGAUAAACUAAAUGCACUAAAAGACAAAAUCGCGCAUGAAUCAGAAAUACAAGAUCCUACCCAUGUUGAAGUUGUGAGCGCACUUCUUUACAAAUGUGCUUUAGUUACUAGAAGAGUUAAUAGUUCCAAUUCGUUUAAAGCAUCUUCCUUGUAUCAACUAGCAAACAUGCGCGAAAGGUUCAACCCACCUUUGUCACACGAUGCAUGUGGAAAUAUUUCAUCUAGCUAUUUCAUGGAAAUAAAUAACGAAAGAGAGGUAAAUUGUACGACAUUGGUAGGUGAAAUGAGGAAGGGGAAAUCAAAUCUUCAUGCUAAGAAAAAUGUGAUUAUCUUAGAAGUAAUUGAAUCAAUUGAAAAAGGAAAAACACCAUUUCAUAGAAAUGGAAUUGAUAAUUAUUUUUGUUGUAGUUUGAUUGAUUUCCCACUUUAUAAAGUGGACUUUGGUUGGGGAAGGCCCAUUAGAGUGAGUAUGGGAGCUGGGCCUUUUAACAAGUGGUUUUAUUUAUUGGAUAGCCAAAGUGGAGGAGGAGUUGAAGCUAUAGUCAUGUUGGAUGAACAAGACAUGGCUAUAUUUGAAAGAGAUACAGUGCUACUUGAGUUUGCUAGUCCAAUUACAAAUCUUUAA